AUGACGAAUAUAAGAUCGUUGGACGAUUAUAUGGAGAGUAGAGAGGGUGUGCAGUACAGUUACGCUGGCGGUCAUAACAGUGCGAUAGGUAUAGACGAGGGAGAGCACGUGGUGAAUUUAUACUUGGACGGGUUCAUCGUUGACGGUGGUCCGUUCAGGCCACUGUCAGACCCCAACAACGCCGUCUUCAUCGCAGACGUUAAACGUGGCAUCGCACCUCCCGAACUACAACACGGCACCAAUGACAUUAAUCUCCACCUCAUCGAACAUAAUAAUUACUACAAUAAUAACGUCAACAGUAACAAGGUCACAGGCGGCACUAAGGUAAGUAAUCUGGAAUACCGCACCGGAGAGAGGAACACAAACCUCAGAAUUAAACUCUCCACAGGCGACCUCAUCAACCUAACAAUCUCACAAGACGCCACCAUACAAGAUCUCAAACAGUUUAUCAAAACUCAUAUGAACAGAGUUGACAGUAGUAGUGUGGGUGGGAGUACGGGAGAGAGGGGAUUAUUGUAUGGAUUUCCGCCGAAAAAGAUCAAUUUUGAGGACACAACGACACUAAAAGAGGCAGACAUUUUAAACUGUAAUAUCAUACAAAAAUAA